AUGGAGCAGGAACUCGACAGAAUAUCCGCAUUGCCGGAACCUAUUCUGCAGCACAUUCUCUCAUUCAUUCCUUUUAAGCAAAUAGCUCAAUCUAGUAUAGUGUCCAAGACAUGGAACAUGGCCUGGACUUCAUUCCCAUUUCUGAAAUUUGACAGAGAAUUGUUUCAUGACACAGAACCCAAGCAACAGAGAAUCAAGGAAUUAUAUAAUUCUGUUGAGAGAAUUGUACUCAACCGCCAUAGACAGGAGCUAUAUAUACAAAAGUUUGAACUUUACAUAUCCUUACAAACCUUACAUCGACAAGGAUUCUUGGCUCUUGUGAACAGUUGCAUUGGCUAUGUACUUGAGCUUAAUGUCAAAGAGUUGAACCUCUAUACUGAAUCAGGGUAUUCUCCUCACUAUAACUUGCACCAGAGUGUUUUAGUUUCAAAAUCCAUAACCAAAUUGUGUUUAUAUGGGUGCAACUUGAAGUUAAUUAAUUCUGGAGAUAUCAACUUUCCCAAUUUGAAAAAGUUGGUAUUUGACACAAUUCCUGUAAAGGAUCAAAUAAUCCAGAAUCUAGUUGAUGGUUGUCCUGUGGUGGAAGACAUGAGAUUUUCAGCUUGUCAUGGUUUAGAAAGCAUCAAACUCUCUGGGAUUCCUAAACUCAUGGCCCUUGAGCUAGGAUUCAAUCGUAAUCUUAAGACUGUUGUUCUUCAAGCAUCAAGACUUCAAUCUUUGAUAAUCAAGAGCAGUCUUAGCUUUCCUGAGCCAUGGCAGAUCUUCAACAUAGUGACUUGCAAAAAUCUAAAGAAGUUACUGUUAUUUUCAACAAAUGCUGUAACAGAUAGGUGGUUGCAUAAACUUCUUUCUGAACUUCUACUGGUUGAAGAACUAUGCCUACUUCGUUGCUUCAUGUUGGAAAGGAUUAAGAUUUCAGGUCAUUGUAUGAAGAGCUUGUCUUUUCACCGCUGCCAGAAUCUUGUUGAAGUUGACAUUGACACUCCUAAUUUAGAAAAUCUUUCCUAUAAUGGCCAGAUUAUAUCAUUUUCUUUGAAGGCUUUGAAAGUAUUGAAAGUUUGCCUUACUUUUGUUGGUUCAUUCCCCGAGACAGCCUCGCAUGAUAAAAUGAUCGAGUUCCUCAGAAAAUUAAGUGAUCCAAUAUCAUUGACAUUGGAUAUUAGCACUGCCAAGGAUGCAAUUAUUCCAAAAGAACUGAGGCAAACCCUACCUUCUCCAUCAUAUAAUGUCAAUUCUCCUAUAAAAAAGCCUAUUUAUAAGGUGGAGAAUACCAACUGUUGCAAACUUCUACCAUUUCCAUGUUGGCGGCAUUGCCUGAAGACUGUCCAGAUCAUUGAAAGCUUAAGAGGAUCUGCAGAUAAAAAGAGUCUAAAGAAAUAUUUCUAUAAGAAUGCAGAAAUCUUGAAGAGAUUUCAAUAUGUUAGUGGACCUCCAUUACCUAAAGGCUAG